AUGAGUAGUGGAACAUAUGGUAGUGAUGAAGUUGGUGCUCUAGUCGUUGAUAUUGGUUCACAUACAGUUCGUGCCGGUUAUGCUGGUGAAGAAACACCAAAAUAUGAUUAUCCUAGUCAUGUUGGUAUAUUAGAUAUAUUAGAAACACCGAGUUCUGAGAAUGCAAUGACUGUUGAUGAUACUCAAAAUAUAACAAUGCCAAAGAAAAAAUAUUUUUUUGAUUUAAAUUCAUUACGUGUACCACGUUCAAAUCUUUAUAUGCAAUCAUUUUUAAAAGAUGGAAUGAUUGAUGAUUGGGAUUUAUUUGAACAAAUUAUGUCACAUACAUUUGAUUGUUUAUGUGAUAAAGAACAAGGUCCACAAUAUCAUCCACUAGUUAUGUCUGAACCACCUAUAAAUCAACGUUUUAAACGUGAAAAAUUAUGUGAAAUCAUGUUUGAAAAAUUUCAAAUACCAGCAUUUUAUUUAGCUAAAAAUGCUGUUUUAUCAUCAUUUGCUCAAGGUAAAGCAACAGCAUUAAUACUUGAUUGUGGUGCAACACAUACAACAGCCGUACCUGUACAUGAAGGAAUGGUUUUACAAAAAGCUAUUGUACAAUCACCACUUGGUGGAGAUUUUAUUUUAUCUCAACUUAAACAAUUACUUGAUAAUAAUAAUCAUGACAUAGUUCCACAUUAUUUAAUAAAAUCACGUGAAUCUGUACAACCUUAUGAACAACCAAAAUGGGUAAUGAAAGCAAAUGUACCUGAUAAUAUAACAGAUUCAUAUAAAAAAUUUAUGACAAAAGAAAUUUUACAAGAUUUAGGACAAACAGUUUUACAAAUAUCUGAUACACCCUAUAAUGAAAGUGAAAUAAGUCAAUUACCACGUGUUUCAUAUGAAUUUCCAAAUGGUCUUAAUCUUGAUUUUGGUGAAGAACGUUAUCGUAUUCCUGAAAGUUUAUUUAAUCCAUCUAUUGUUAAAGGUGGUGGUGUUCAAUUAACAUCUAUGCUUGAUCUUCCACGUUUAGUUACAAAUUCUGUAACCAUGUGUGAUCCUGAUGUACGUUCAUCACUUUAUUCAAAUAUUAGUAUUGUUGGAGGAAAUUCAUUUUAUCUUGGUCUUGUUGAACGUCUUCAUCGUGAACUUUCACAAAUUUUACCACAAGCGAUGCGUAUGAAAGUUCAUAUACCACCAUCACUUAGUGAACGACGAUUUAGUUCAUGGAUUGGUGGAUCAAUUCUUGCUUCAUUAGGUUCAUUUCAUCAAAUGUGGAUUUCAAAACAAGAAUAUGAUGAAAGUGGAAAAUUUAUUAUUGAUAGAAAAUGUCCAUAA